GGUGGUGAUACUUAAGAUGUGAUGGAUCAGGAUGAACCCAUCUUUGGGAGGAACCAACAUUGGGUGGCAGCAUCAGCAUCCCCUGCAUGAGAGUGGUAAUAAAUGCCCCAAGUGCGUGGUAAUAGCAAUCACAGCCCAGCACUAAGCCCAAGGCAGUCAGGCGGCCGCCCUCUCCGCGUCUCCCACCCUCCAUUUGCAUUUACCACCACCCACUCUGCAUUUCCCCCCCGUCCUGCUUACUGCCCCGUUCCUUUCUUUGGUCGUGAUCCCUAUUAUUAUUAUUACUAUCAGUCAUUUCUUUCUUCUACUUUCACUCAUUUGCUCCUUCUUCCCCCUCUUUUGGAUUCUUGUGCUUCUUCAUCACCUUCUCGCCCUCCUUUCUCCCCGACCGCCUCCGAUCUUCUGCUCCCUCUCCUGAACUCGUCACUGCGGUGGGACUGUGCCUGGCAGCCACCAACGCGUGUUUCUCCGACGUCAACUCCAGCGACCUAUCACUCUUCAUGCACUGUGGUUGCCCAUCGCAGGGUGCCGGACAGUAGACUGCCAGACUGCCAGGGACUGACCACACGCCCGACUGGGAGAAUCCUCUACCGCCUCACCUUGACGGAGAUCCACUCCCAUCGCAUACUAUGACCGUUGUUGCCUACCGUCCGACCGACUUCUUUACCACCGACUUCCGUUCGCUUGUCUAAAUUCGCUGUGCUCUUUUCAUGACCGAGCAACACUCACGACUUGACGUCUGUUGAGCAUCCACACUCUUUUACCUUGCUCCUACGUUCUUCACGUUCUCUCGCCGUUGAUCGGCCGCCACUCUCUUUUCUUGCCCUUUAGCAGCAGCGUUUAUCACGACCCAACCUUAUACCUCCUU